UCCACUGGAUCUAAACCGUUAUUAAUAUUAUUAUUAUUAUUAUUAUUACUAUUAUUAUACACCACAUGGAUCGUAUCGCUCUCCUGACUUGUUGGACUCGUGGAGGUGAUUUUUACGCACAGGUUUGAGCGCCCGUCGUGCGUCGCUGGAUGUCCGGAUUAAACUCGCCGGCUGUCUUUGGAGGGUUCAAACAACACGAAUUAUUAGAUGGCUGUGCACCUCUAAUAAGCGGAAUAUUAUUUCUGGCCGCAUGGCUUUUCCAAACUCAUCGGACUCCUCUGGAGCCGGAAAGACCAACCCCAGCCUCAUCGACCUGGGCACGUUCUUCGUGGACUCGGACAUCAUCUUUGGAUUUACAAGUCAUCUGCUGAAGAGAAAACCAAAGGUGGAGGGAUGUUUGAGUGGAGACUCGCCGGCAGCUGCCGAGUUAAGCCCGAGGAAGAGGCUUCAAUCAGCGGAGAACGCGCGGUGCAGCAGCCGGCCUCCUCCCGAGGGCGCAGGCUCGGUUUCCAUCCCCGAGUUGGAGGAGAAGGGAGGCUUUUGUCAGCAAUGUCAAAAGAAAGUGUCAGAACUGAAGAGGCAAGCGAUGGCUGUGACGGAUCAGAACUCACUGAAGGAUGCUGGAUAUGCAACGUUCCUGUUCGAGCAGCUCCAAGCACCCGGGAGCCUUAAAGGUGGUGUCAGCAUUUGUCAGGUGUGCUCCACACCUCUCCAUCAAUUAAGGCAGGAGGCCCUGCAGACGCUCCACUUUCCUGUCCUCUCCAUCAGCUCAGAUGCAGCACCGCUACCUGCUCCGUCCUCUAGAGUCACUGUAUCUUCCUCUGGCAUCCAUACGAAACAACCCUCCAAAGGCCAACUUGUCGCCCACUCUGUGGUGCCGGUGGGAGAGCGCCACAGAGUACCGGGCUGGUCGCCGAGCCCUUCAGUUUCCUCAAGGCCUAAAACCAGUGUUCAAGUGACAAUGGCAGGAGGACAACUGACGGGAACCCUGAGCUCGGUCACCAUCCAGGCACAACAAUACCUCGAGGGCAUGUGGAGCAUCUCCAAGGUCAACAACUUCCUCCCUCAACCCAAGCCGGCUCAGGGUCUGAUGGAAAACACAGACGGGGAUGUUGCCAGCUCGGCGGUCCCACUCGCUGCGAUAACCGCCACCGCCAGCAGCACCCUGAUGCCCAGCCGACAGAGGAGUGCCAGCCAGCCGGAACAGGGUGUGGUUGGACUUCCAGCAUCUAUCACUAGUGUGUCCGUCGCCCCCGCAUCUUCCUCAUCAGGGCAGAGUUCAUCUGCAGCAACAUCCUUCUUCAUUAGGGCAGCUCAGAAGCUGAAUCUGUCCUCCAAGCGAAAGAAGCAGCAGCCUUCACUGAUCCACCCUCAAGAACCCUCCAUCUACCCCACCAACUUCAGCGGGAUCCUGCAGGUCUCGCCACCACCUGCCCCGCCAUGCCUGCUGCGGGCUGUGUCCAAAGUCAAAGAGAACCCAGGGAUGGGAAAGGUAAAAGUGAUGAUGCGUAUCUGCCCGUCCCUGGAGGAUGCAGAUUCUUCGGAGUCUCAGUCCUUUUUGAAAGUGGACAGUCGGAAAAAGCAGCUGACCCUCUACGACCCCGCGUCGAGCCCACCGCACUCCAGUUCAGGGAACAGGAAAUCUGCCACAGUGGCCGUCCCAAAGAUAUUCGCCUUUGACGCCGUGUUUACCCAGGAUGCCUCACAAGCUGAGGUGUGCUCAGGGACAGUGGCUGAGGUCAUUCAGUCGGUGGUGAACGGUGCAGAUGGUUGCAUCUUCUGCUUCGGCCAUGUCAAGCUUGGGAAGACAUACACCAUGAUUGGCAAAGACAGCUCCACUCAGAGCCUUGGCAUCGUACCUUGUGCCAUUUCCUGGCUCUUCAAGCUCAUCAACGAGCGCAAGGAGAAGACAGGCACACGGUUCUCCGUCCGUGUGUCCGCGGUGGAAAUCCACGGGAAAGAUGAGGAGUUGACGGACCUGCUGUCUGAAGUGUCCUCGGGCAGCCUGCAGGAAGGCCAGUCCCCUGGUAUCUAUCUGAGAGAGGAUCCCAUCUGUGGCACUCAGCUUCAGAAUCAGAGUGAGCUUCGCGCCCCGACAGCUGACAAAGCCGCUUUCUUCUUGGAUGCAGCCAUCGCCGCACGCAGCACAAGCAGGUCCAGCGCGGACGAGGAAGAUCGGCGCAACUCUCACAUGCUGUUCACACUGCACAUUUACCAGUACCGCAUGGAGAAGAGUGGCAAGGGUGGAAUGUCGGGCGGACGGAGCAGGCUCCACCUCAUUGACCUGGGCAGUUGCGAAAAGAUUCUGAGCAAAAGUCGAGAUGGAGGGGGAGGCUUGUGUCUUUCUCUAAAUGCUCUGGGAAACGUCAUCAUGACUUUAACGAAUGGAGCAAAACACGUACCUUACAGGGACAGCAAAUUGACAAUGUUGCUGAGGGAGUCUCUUGGGAACAUCAACUGCAGAACCACUAUGAUUGCCCAUAUCUCAGAUUCUCCUGCAAACUACGCGGACUCACUCAACACUAUCCAGCUUGCCUCCCGUAUCCACCGCAUGAGAAAAAAGAAAUCUAAGUAUGCAUCCAGUUCUUCCGGGGGGGAAAGUUCUUGCGAGGAAGGGAGGAUCCGCCGGCCACCCCAUCUCAGACCCUUCCACCCUCGGACAGUAGCGCUGGACCCAGACCUGCCCUCUCUACUCAGUGAUCCUGAGUACUCCUCAAGUAGUGAACAGUCUUGUGACACUGUGAUUUAUGUGGGCCCCGGGGGAACUGCGAUCUCAGACAGGGAGCUCAGUGACAAUGAAGGCCCACCUGCCUUUGUUCCAAUCAUCCCCUCUCUGAAUAAGAAGAAGUCCGCAAAAGAGGGCCCUCUGGACAAAGACCAUUUCUUCAAAUGCAACACAUUUGCUGAGCUUCAGGAGAGACUGGAAUGUAUAGAUGGCAGUGAAGAGCCCACCGCCUUUGUUGGUGAGGGCAAGCGGAUCCAAAUGAGCCCCAAGAUGGACAAAUAUAAGGAGAGCCAAGGCUCUGUUUCACCAAAGAGUGUAGCAAAUAUUUCUUACCCCCAAGAUGGCCUCUCACCAAGACCAUCGCCUAAAUCGGUUGCCAUUCAGCCAUCCUGCAGUCCCAAUUCUAAAUCUAUACUAGACAGCAGCAAAAGACAAUGCACACCUGCAGAAAAACCACCAUCGGACACUAUUCGGAACAUCUGCAGAACCAGCGCAGAUGGCGAGAAGGCCCUGACAACUGAUUGUAGAGUUAGCACAAACAAACUACGAACUGUUGCAGCACCUAACUCUGAACCUGUGGUGAGGGAGAAGGUCUAUUUCAACAAGAAAUCUUUGCCUAAAACAGCCCUUCCUCCUUCACAACAGAAAGACUUUGGCAAGCAAAGUACAGAUGAGGGAAGAUCGAGCACAAGAAUGCCUCCUGUUGGAAUGAGUCACCAAGCUGUGAAACGGAGGGAUCCUUGUCUAUCCCCUAUGGUCAGAGCUCCAGUGGAGGUAUGUCAAGUACGACCUACACUGAGGGAAAGGUGUAUGGAUCGGGACAUUCUUAGAGCUACUGUGACCUUACAGCAACCAGUGGAGCUGAAUGGGGAGGAUGAGCUGGUGUUCACUGUGGUGGAGGAGUUGUCUAUAGGCAGUAUUGUAGAUAAAGGUCGGCCAUCGAGCAUUGUCAGCUUUAACAGUGACUGUUCCCUUCAGGCUCUGGCCUCUGGCUCCCGGCCUGUCAGUAUCAUUAGCAGCAUCAAUGAUGAAUUUGAUGCCUACACCUCAGCCAUGGGAGGAUCAGAAGUCAACAUUGCGGUGGUCACACCCCUCCAAGAAGGGGCGAUGGAGGACAUAGCUAGCCGGGGUUCAUCUGUCAGCUCUUGGCUUAGUGAGGCAAGCGUCUGCACAUUGGAGAGUGAAGGAACUCAUUCCACAGAUGUCUUUCUUCCACCGGUCAAACACAUGGGACAAGAGGCUACCUUUUACUUUGAAUCUUUGGAUCUGUUUCAUUGUGUAUCCUCUUCCAGAGAAAACAAGAACUCUUUAAAUGAUAGCGGAUUUAGUUUUUCCGAACAGGAUAGUGACAGUGCUGCCUCAAGCAAACUAUCAUUGACAAAGUACCCCCCAUCUCCGGAAUCAGCUAAAGCUUCCCUCAGAUUCACAUCAAAAUUAACUAAAGCUCAGUCCAUUAGCUCCUCUCAACUACCACAGUGCCCAUCCAUAGAUCACACCAGUCUUCCCAGGAAGAUUAAACCUACCUCAUCCAUCUCCCAUAGUAGCAGCAGUAGCAUCAGCAGUAGUAAAGAGCAAACAAGACAAGAAGCAAAGCAGGAGGAUCCUUGGCAUUGCAUGGACAAACACUCAGAACCUCAGUUUUCUGACUCCAGCAACACCAGCAAGUUUCUCAGAAAUAUCCCAAGUGGUAUCCCUUCAAGUAAACUGUCCAGCAACAGCAACAGUGUACCUCGCCCACCAAAGGUGCAGGCGUCUACCUCAUCUCAGAGGGUGGUUGAUGGCUGUGAGAAAUCAGCCAGUAAGAAUUUUGACCGACCCAGCAAAAUGCCUCAGCUGAGACGAGGUGCCACCACACUGGGAACGGUGCCUGUUAUCCAUUCAUCAACAGAGUCCAAGGGAACCCAAGAUAUUACUGCAGCAAGCCUUAAUUUCUCAUCUCUGGGGAAAAACAAGGCCAACUCACAGAAAGUGAACAGUCUCCCUAAAUCUGACAGUGCCUCACCUCCUCUUCCUCCAGUGAGAAAAUCCAGUCUUGACCAUAAGAACAAGACACUGCUGCCCCAAAGUGCCUUAAAGUCAGCAUAUGGAGAUGGAGGGAGGAUAUGUGGAGCAAGAGGAACCCUAUCAGAGGAUGAGCUUGAGGUACGACACAGAGUGGACUCUACCAGUUUCAAAACAUCCAGCCUCAAAUCUGACCUCACCACAGCCAAAGUUACCUCCAGUCUGAAGGCUAGAGGCCCUAAAGGUGAGGCUGGUCAGCAUUAUGGGAGUCAAAUGUCCCUAGAGAGGUGUGAAAGCCUGUCCUUAUCUGGUUCCAGAGCUGCACUUAGUCGGGAAAAUAGUGGGGCAAGUCUCGGGAGUAGCAGUGGUAAAUCAAGCCGGUCCAUUCCAAGAUUUGGAAUUCCUAAUUCCUCCAGCUCUCCUAUUGCUACCUGCCCAUCCUCUCCAUGUGGAGGAAGCAUCAGCAAACCUGGACAGAUUAAAGCUUCAGUAAAUUCCCGAGCUUUGGGAGCAGUCACUGGCAAUAAGGCUCGUUCACUAUCAGCCAACAACUCCAAGGGCCUUAGUUCCUCCACCAAAUCUCUAGCUACUCCUGCAGCUAGGAAUACCAAUGCUAACCUCCCUCCUUCAGGAAGACCAUCAGCUCCACGUGCCACUGCUGCAGUCAGUAGUAAACCGGCGAGAGGAACUAUCAUGGGUACUAAACAGGCCAUGAGAGCUGCCAACAGCCGCGUGAGCGAACUGGCAACAGGCAAUGCAUCAGGAAAACACACAAGAGGUUCAGGAGAUUCCGACAGUGGUAAUGACAGUGGUGUGAACGUGAGUGAGGAGAAAUCCUCCAUCACCAUGCUUCCCUCUCCUUACAGCAAAAUUACAGCACCCAGGCGGCCUCAGCGCUACAGCAGCGGCCAUGGCAGUGACAACAGCAGUGUGCUGAGCGGGGAGCUGCCUCCUGCUAUGGGCCGCACAGCUCUUUUCUACCACAGUGGUGGCAGCAGUGGGUAUGAAAGCAUGAUCCGUGACAGUGAAGCCACAGGCAGUGCGUCUUCUGCACACGACUCCAUGAGUGAGAGCGGCUUGUCGUCUUCGGGCAGGACAAGGAGCUCCAAGUGCCCAAAAAAAAGAGUCAAUGGUUUCCAGAGAAGACGGCUUAUUCCGGCGCCUCUGCCAGACACUUCUUCCCUGGGGAAGAAGGUGGCCACAGCAGGCCAGUGGGUGGACUUGCCCCCUAUGUCAGGCCCGAUGAAAGAACCCUUUGAGAUCAAGGUGUAUGAGAUUGACGACGUGGAGCGGCUUCAUAGGCAUCGUCAGGAGGAAACCACAGAGUACCCAUUCCAGGAUGUUGACAAGGGCCUGCUGUAUUUUAACAGUAAGUUGAAGAUGCUGGAGAGAAGGCAACAGCAAGUGAGAGAGCUGAGAGCAAAGCAUGAGGUGUUGUUGGAGGAGCUGGAAGAUACCAAGUCCCGACUAAUGAUGGAACCCAGCAAGUGGAGAGGAGAGUUCGAGGUGGAUCAGAGUUUGGAUAAAGAUUCCGUGGAGUACCUGGAGGCUUUGGCACAGGUCACAGAGGAGCUGGAAUUCUGCGUCAACCUCUGCAAGUCCCGUGUCAUGAUGGUAACCUGCUUCGACAUCAGCAUGCCGACGUCUGGCACUCAGGAGGGACUGCGUGAAGUCGAAGUUUGAAGACAGAAGAAAGUAGAAGGUGAAGAAAUGUGGACGUGAGAUGACGGAAGGGUGGUGGAAAUGUAGCAACCAGUUUACAGAUAUUGCUGGAACAAAGAGACAAAAGACGGAUGAAAUGAGAGUCCAGAACAGUGCACGAAUACAAAGGUAACCUUAAAACCACCGAGCUAACAGUGCCUCCUUGUCCAGAACUUGUUUGAAUGGGAGAGAAACAAAACGUGAGCACAAGUGCUGUUGCCCGUACGGCACGACAGUGGCCAUCAUUUACCCAAGAGUCAAUGAGCAACACCUGGAAGUGCCUUUAUUAUUCUCUUUGUUUGAGUCGUCAUUUUUCAUAUGGUGCAGGUUAACAUACCGAUGCGAACCAUGAACAUAUUGCUUUUAAGAAAAAAUAUUUUAUAUUGCAUUGUAUAGUGUAUUUAUAUGACUAUUUGGUGUGUAAAAAAAAAAAAAAUAAAAGAGGGGGGAAAAAAGAAAAGCAAUAAGCUAAUGUUAUUGCGCUCCCCGACUUUGCCUUUUCUCUCCUUUCAAACCUCAGUCAGCAUUUUAUCCAUGUUCAUUCAGCCUCUUGCGCCUUAUUUGUUCUCUCUGGUUGUGUAGUUUUUCUAGGAUUUUCAAACUGGACUGUGUUACUGCAUGUGUUUUGCCGUCGUCGCUCAUCUCCUGCCAGCUGGCCUGCGCAGGCUCGCGGGGUUGAGUGAGUGUUUUCUCCCUCCAGUUGCCUUGAUCGAAAAACGGUCUCAGCAGAUGUACUGAGGUGGAGCGGCGGUUAUUCGGGGGACAGAGAGUGUAUUUAAGCUUACCCGUGUUUCAAGACGAGUGAUAAAGCCAAAACAUAUCAAUCAGAGGGGCCACUGUGAUGGAUUGUGAUUAUUUCUGGAUUAGCCAUUCUCUCUGGUGCUUCAGGAUGCGCUCGCGCAACCCUGAGAGAUCCAACUGUUCCCGAUGCUUGCCUAUGAGGAUAGCAUAAUGAAUGGAAAAGCAUCGAUAGCGCUGCUCCUUCAGCCCACUUUCUUUACAAAUGGGCUUGAACGGGGCGCGAGUUACACACAAUAAAACCAAAA